CUUCAGUCAUUGUAAGAGUCUAGUGAAGAGAGCCGAUAUUCACUCACAGUAUUUGCAGCGGAACUGCCAAAUAAGGACAUCGACUCCCAGCCCAACACUUCAAGCAAUCCGCCAUUUUUUAUUUUUCACUGCGAUAUUGUAGUCCAAGCUCAAGGAUGCAGAAGUUACGAGAGAGUAAGAAAUGUACUCACAUCUGUGGGUAAAGUCAUUUUUGUGUGCCCGAAGCACUUCAAGGAUAACUGAUUCACCAAUCUCCAACAGUAUAAAGAAGUAUUUGCCGAUAGACUUCGUCUGAUUGAGGGGUCAAUUACUUCUAUCUUUGGAGACGACGAGCAGAGCACUUCGUAAUGGCAUUCUCAUUUCUAUUGCCUGAUGGCAGCAGUCCAAACUGUAAAGAAAGAUUCAAGCAGAGACCUGAUCUCAAGAUUAAUACAACACUCAGAGAUCUUGUGGAUGAACAUAAGAAGAAAACUGAAGAGAAACCUGAAGUCCUCUGUGACAUCUGUGAGAAAGUAAAACUGAAGGCUGUGAAGUCCUGUCUGGUGUGUCAGAGCUCUUACUGUGAAACUCAUCUGGUUCCUCAUAUGAGAGUGACAGGUUUACAGAAACACAAACUGAUUGAUCCUGUGAAUAAUCUGCGGGAUUAUAUAUGUCUGAAACAUAAGAGACCUCUGGAGCUCUUCUGUAGAGAUGAUCAGACAUGUGUGUGUCUCAUCUGUACUGUCAACGAUCACAGAAAUCACAACCUUGUUUCUGUAAAGGAAGAGAGUGAAGAGAAAAAGAUUGAGCUGUUGAAGACACAGACAGACGUGCAGCAGAAGAUUCAGGACAGAAUCAAGAAGAUUCAAGACAUCAAACAUUCAGCAGAACUCAGAAGAAGAAACACAGAGAAGGAGAAAGCAGCCAGCGUGGAGAUCUUCACUGAUCUCAUCAGAUCCAUUGAGAGAAGUCAGUCUGAAAUGAUGAAGAUGAUGGAGGAGAAGCAGAAAGCAGCAGAGAAACAGGAUGAAGGUCUCAUUAAAGAUCUGGAGCAGGAGAUCACUGAGCUGAAGAGAAGAAACACUGAGCUGGAGAAGAUCACAAACACUGAAGAUCAUCUACACCAAAUACAGAUUCACUCAUCCAUCUGUAGGCCUUUAAACAUCAAGAACUGGCCUGAGAUCAGUAUGAAGAGUCAUGUGAGUGUGGAGGACACACUGAGAUCUUUGACUCAACUGCAGGAGAAUCUUCAUGAGAAACUCAGUCAAGCUGAGUUUAAGUGGAUGCAGCAGUAUGCAGUGGAUGUGACUCUGGAUCCUGAUACAGCAAAUUCAUAUCUCAUCCUGUCUGAUGAUAACAAACAAGUGAGAGAUGAAGGCAUUUGGCAUAAACUCCCAGACAACCCAAAGAGGUUUGAUAUGUAUUCUAUUGUCUUGGGAAAGCAGGAAUUCUCAUCAGGGAGAUUUUAUUAUGAGGUUCAGGUGAAGGGAAAGACUGAAUGGAGUUUAGGUGUGGCCAGAGAAUCUGUUAAAAGGAAGGAAGCGACCACCCUGACACCAGCGAAUGGAUUCUGGACUGUGUCUCUAAGCAAUGAAAAUAGAUAUAUAGCUGCUGCUGAUCCACCUGUCUCACUGUCUCUGAAAGUAAAACCACAGAAGGUGGGUGUGUUUGUGGAUUAUGAGGAGGGUUUGGUCUUAUUUUAUAAUGUGGAGUCCAGAUCUCAUAUCUACUUUUUCAUUGAUCAAUCUUUCAAUGAAAAACUUCAUCCAUAUUUUAGCCCAUGUAACAAUAAUAAAGGUAAAAACUCAGCCCCGCUGAUCAUCACACCUGUUGAUAACAAUUAAUAAAUUUACCAACCAAAAGUAAAAUGCUAGAUAAUAAUAAUACAUUCUACAAUUUACGCUAGGUAUGAAAACAUUAAAUGUGUAGAUACUGUACUGAUUUUGAAGAGUUGAAGUUCGGGAGGAGCAUGGUCAUGUGAUCCAACCAAUCAGUGCGAAGAGGUGCCUAUAAAUAGUUGUCACUUACCUCUGUCCCAUGACAGUUUUUUGCAGCAUCCCUCCUCCACCCCAUCACCUCACUCUCAGCUAGUUUCAUCUAUCCUAGUUAAAGGGGGUGAGGGUGUACUCUGGGUUCGGGCAAAAAUUCCGAGCUCAUUCUCUAUCGAUUACAUGUUAAAGCGAAUUUGUGAAAUGUCAUGUAAUGUCAUUGUUGUAAUGAUAGAUUUUUACUUAAAAUGUAUAAGUGGGAUGUGGUGUUUAAGAUUGUAUCAUAAAAUGAUACAAGUUAUACCGGGUAUGUGCUACACUAGUAUUAGAAAAUACCUUUAAGCAUAGUAAAAAUAGUCAGCAUAAUAAAAAUAUCUUAUACUAUGCUGAUAUUUUAUUAACAUAUUCAUUCAUCAUUAAUUUUGAAUUUUCAGAUUCUUAAAACUAAGUACAAUAAUAUAAAACUUGACAUCAUCAUAAAGUCUCACAUUUAGCACAUGGCAGUCAUUUGUUGAAGAGUCUUUUGUUGUCCACAAGAUGUCACUGCGUGAUUUAUUAUACAUAAAUUCCUGCGUUUUGAAAAUGCUUUUGCUGGUGUUUGCCCCAUAGGGUCUUUUUUUCUCAUAGCUGUCUGUUGAAGAGCAACUUUCUUACUUUAACACGCUGUGUGGUGGUGUUUAGGACUUUUUAAAGAUAAAUAAAUUCAUUCAUUUAUUUAAUAAAUUAAAGAUUUAUUAAAAGCUUAAUAAAGUCAUGAGAGAUUGAAUGGUGAUUUACUCAGUAAAGGCUACUCAAUAUUUUACUAUGUUCUUACCUCAACUUAGACUAUUUAAAGACUGUUACAGUAAGUAUUGUGGCACAAAAUUAAAGUUUUGUUUGGAGCCAUAGGAAUGAAUGGGGCUAGGCGCUUUACAAAGAUUAAAAGUGCACGCAUUGAUAAAAGAUAGGUAUGUAUUAAUUUGUCUAAGUUGAGGUAAGAACGUAGUAAAAUGUUGAAAAACGGUUGUGUUUUCCUUUAAGUUAUCUCUCAAUGUUAAAAGUUUAAAAUCAUCACUGAAGACAUAUUUUUUUCCUGGCUUUUGAAUCAAUGUAAUGGUGGAAUUCAUUGUGUUUUUCUUUUUAUUU